AUGGACAACAGCAGGGUCAAGUCAUCUGACCAGAUCAGGACGGAGAUUCUAGUCAACAAUUUCUGGUACAUUCUUCUGGACAUCCUUAUGUUCGUUCUAAAGGUCGCUGCCGUCGCUGGCUACAUUGUCGUGAAAAUCUUCCGACUCGACAUCAUCUGUGCUAUGUUGUGGGCAUGGAUAUCCUCUACUGAGUUGGCAAAGAAGACUCGUUCUGCCUGCAGAUUUAUCUACAACCAUGUUUCUCCACUCCCAGCCUUGUUCGCCUUCAGUUUCAUGGCAUCAUUCCCUAUUGUCGUUGGCGCCACUCUGGAGCAAGACCGUGCAGAACUUGAACUUCUCGCAUUGCAGAUCAAGUCUCUGACCAAACCAUAUCUGCCGGCAUUCAGCUUUGUUGUUGGCAUCCUCUUCACCUACGGCGUUCUCCGAUUCCUGCCACGCUACAAUGAAACCUGUGCCAGCAUCAACGAAUGCUUACAUGCACCCCGUUCUGCCGUCGAUCUCUUGAACCACAAGACUACUCCUGGAGAGUUCCCCAUUUCGCCGUCUGAAAAAUUGAUUCACCACCUUGAGGAGCAGCUGUUGACCAAGAACAAUGAAAUUGCCAGUCUCCGAAAGGAUCUAGAAGGUGAAGACGAAGAACUUGCCGAGCUCUUGGCAGAGAAAGAUGACCUCCUUGAGCAGCAGAAGAAGGAACUAGCAAAUUCACAGGCUGCUCUGAAGGAGAAAGAAAAAAAGAUUCUCGACCUAACAGCGGAGGCCGAUCGUAGAGCUCGAAGAGCUCCAAAGUUCACACGUGACAAGCUUUCUGGAAAGCUUAUGCGCGACGACCCUCCUGCAAAGCCCAUGGGUAAUGGUCCUCCUGAAAAGCCAAUGUAUGAUGGUCUUCCUGUUCGACCGGAAAGCAAGCUCUUCAAAGUAUUCAAUGACCAACUCGAUAUCCUCAAGAACGAAGUCCGCACUCUCAAAAGUCAGCUCGUGGAAUCAGGCCACGCUUCUACUAGUGCGUUGAACUCUCUCGAAAUCAAGCACAAACAGCAAAUUAGUAACCUGGAGGCUGAGCUUGCUCGACGCCAACAUGAUGGUGCAAGCGCGGAGAAGUCACUCCUUCCGCGAGAUCGGCAAAUCAAGGAGCUUGAGCACCAGCUUUCUCAAACCCAUCUUGACACUGAACGUAUUGGAAAAGCACUUGCCGAGCGUGAUCAUCAGAUCAAUGAACUUCAACAGCAAUUAUCUCAACACCGUAUUCAUGCUGAAAAUGUGCAAGGCUCUCUUGUCAAACGUGAUCAGGAAUCCAAGGAUCUCCAAGAGUCGUCACAAAAGAUUUUCAACUCUAAUCAUGAACGGAUCAAUGAACUUGAAACCCAGCUGUCCCAGCAUCAGCUGGUCACCAGCAACGUCCAGGACUCAGCCACAGCCCAGCGAGUCGCUGAACUCGAAGCUCAACUAUCUCAACGUACCACCGAGGUCGAUAAUGCGCAGAACCUAGUUCACCAGCUAGAACAACAAGUCAGCCAUCUGCAAGCCCAGUUAGAUCAAUCGACAUCGUAUGCACAGCAGUCAAUUUCCACCGCCGGCAUUCGAAUCACCGACCUCAUGCAACAAUUCUCCCAAUGCAAGCUUGAACUUGCGAGUGCGCAAGAGGCGAUUACCGAUCUGAGGGGGAAAUGGGAAACGGAUCAACUUGAGUUUGCUCAUUUUCACCUAGAUCAUAACGCACUGGAGGAAAAGCAUAAGGCCCUUGAGGAAUGCUAUAAUGCUUGCGAAGCGCAGCUGAGAUUUUCGCAAAGCAAGUUGGCCGACGCAGACAAGUUGUACGUGCAAUACGUGGACUUGUGCAAUAAAUGGAACCACGCCCAAAGCAUCCAGGCGAAGGUCAUUGACGAGGGCGUUGAGAGAGCCAUGGCCUGUGUGGAGUGGCAGCUGAAGGGGAGGACUGCCGAAGAGACCGAGCAGAAAUGCAAGGAAAUGGGCGAGCGCCUUGGAGGGCGUCUCAGGCCCAUCCUUGACAUGGUUCGGUGGCAGAUGGAGAAGAGGGAGGAGGCGUGGAAAGCGACAGCACCUGGAGUAGUGCUGGAGAGAGGGGUGGCGGGGAAUGACCGGGUUUGA